GAAGGAGGGGUUAGAAGCUUCUAGCAGCCAUCUUGAUUGAAAUAUGUGUACUUAGCUUUAUAUGUGAGAUAUAUAUAUAUAUAUUGUAAAAUGAGUAAAUAGACAUUUUCCUUUAACUAGGAAAUAUGUGUAGACCUUAUUUCCACAACAGUUUUAAUGGAGUUUUCAAAUCGUUGCUCCAUAUAUGGACCUGGAACACGGGAAGACAUUUAGGGAAAAGAUACAGACUCAUGAGACAUUUAGGGAACAGAGAUGGACAAUGGGGAGCAUUUAGGAAAAUGAGGAGGACCUGGGAGACAUUUAGGGAAAGUAGAGAUAGAAUGUUAAAAUAGAGGGGCAGGGCCUAACCAGCAUGGCCGACAGAUGUGUGUGAGAUGAGCUCCUCACACAAAAUGAGGCACCCAUGGUUUAAAUAGAGGUAUAACCCCUAAAAUCAAAACCAAAGAGACUACGCACUAUAAACUACCGACCGGGAACCCUCUCAAGCGAAACUGGAGACUCACCCCGCACUCUAAAGCCAGAACCAGACUCUGCGGCCUACUUACCUGGCAGAUCCCACGAGGGAAGGAAGCGGCCGAUCCUCCAACUUGGGGCUACCAGACUACCGCAGCAGACCUGCUCCCCCCCCCUUUGGCCUGGUGGGGGUCAUCCCGGUACCAAUUAGUAGACAGGCAGCUAAGUACACCUCAACAGUAAAUAACGUCUCCCCAUACCAGAGCCGCAACCAAAAUGGCCACCACGAUGGAGAAAUACACUGCAACCGACUGGGAGACCAGCUUUAAUGCCAAAUUCGACAGGGUGUGCGCAGCGUUCUGGCACCGGAUUGAAGCCCGUACUCAGCAGGCGCAGCCACCCACAACUCAGACUUUAAAGCUCCAGCCGGCAACAUUCCCAAAAAACAGCUUUAGCGAGCCGACAAACCCAGCCACACACAUGGCCCACGCCGCGGCCUCAACCGCACUGACCUCUUCUGGGCCGGGUACUCACCUGGAGGUACCCCUACUCUGCCAGCAACACACACAGGGUAGAAACCGAACACCGGAACACCCCUGGGACCAGGACCCCCAAAUCGGGACCUGCGGCAAGAAGGCGCGGGUCCCCGUCAAGGCCUCAGGCCGAGGACAUGCGGCACACAGACUGCGCAAGCCAGUGCUAAGCUGGACACAACAACCGACAAGAACACCCAAACGACCCUCCAGUAAAGGGGGCCCAAACUCCUCCACAGACAUAUCAAUGGGCACCCCCCAGAGUGACGCUGGGCCACACACCACUCACCGAACCUCGCUGUCAUGGAACUGUGGGCCCAAUACCGGGAACCUCGGACUGGAGGGUCUCUUACGCAACCCCAAAGGUCCCACAGAACAGGUGUAGGCUGACUACGGACUGAGACCUGGGAGCUCCACCCGAGUACGGGGGAAAGUUUCCAGUGCUGCAACAAGACCUCUCAGUCUAUGUCUUCAAGAAACACUUUCAUGAUGCUGAAAUGUUGUACAAGGAAUUAAAAGGCACAGUAGACAAAGUACUUUCAGGGAGUGGAUACUCUGAAGUGAACCUCAGCAAGCUGUUUCAGACACUCUCCACAAUAAGCUAGAGCUACAGAUUCACAGGUUUUAUUGUAAAUCUGGAUGAGUGGUGGUUUUUUUUGUUUUUGUUUUUUUUUGUUUUAACUGGUACCAAAGCAAAUAUAACUGUUCUAUAUACACUCUAGAACUUGAGUUUGAUUUCUUUAUAAUACAAGUAUGUAAAGAGAUUUUAGGGACUAGCAUUUACAAGUGCUAACAUGCUUUGAAACUUACACAAGUGCAAUAGAUGUUGGUCACUUGUCUCUCUUUUUGUGAUUUCACUUGAAAAGGACUUUUUAAUUUAUUUUUUUUUAUUUUAUUUUUUGGGGGGGUUUGGAUAGUGAACAUGAUCCCUUUGUUUAACCUGAUGCAUUUGACACCAUGUUGAGAUUUUUACUUGUACACAGUUGUCCAUGGAGACCCAGGAGAUAAAAGGAUUGCUACUUUAAUAAUUCCCAGUGAGAGUGGCUGAAAUGUAAGCAAUCCUAGACUUUUUUUUUAUAGGUUAUUUAGUGGAGAUGCUUUCAGGAAGCAGGGUUAGACAAGGCCACAGCAGGAGCACUAAUGUUUUUGCCUUUUCACAGUUUAUCUGCUUCCUAUCACAAACAUACUAAUUAAUAAAAUGACUGAAUCUGAGUGUUCUCUACAGCUUUCAUGUCUGAAACUUGUGAGUGUGGCAAACUCCAGUAGGAAAUGUUAUUUCUCCAUAUUUCUUUUCGUACAAUAUAAUGAAGAUUAAUCGUUCUCCUGUCAUGUUGCAUAGUUUUCUCAAAACAAUUUUGUAUUUUUAAAUGUUCUCUUUUUAUUUUCUCAAGACUGGUUCCUUCUUGAAAACUUUGUUAAUGCUGAAAGAUGUUGCAAUGUAAAAAUGGAAUCAGAUGCUCGCUAUUGCAUUGUAAAAUUGCUCUCUUCAUAUAAAUAUUGAAGAUACCUUUUAUACCGAAUGAACAAUAACUGACAUGUACACUAUUAUUGUCACCUUCUGUAUUGAUGCAUAUAACUUUGUUUUGCCAAUCGUUAUGACGUCAAUAAAAGCAAAUUGAAUUAAAAAAAAAAAAAAAGAAUGUUAAAAUAUUAAGACACAGAGCCAGACUGGGAUACAUUUUAGAAGAAAAGACUCUUGAGGGGAAAAAAGAGACACACUUCCCAAAACACACACACAGUCUAGUUGUACAUCCAUACACACACAGUUUUAUUGACAUAUACACACUCAGAUCCCUUAUAUUCCAGGCUUGCCAGUGCUGUGCCUAGAGGAGAAGAUGUCCUUUGCUUUUAAUUGUCAGGAAUACAAAGAGACCCA